CCCCGUGUCGCCUCAGAUGUUCUUCACGGAGAGCUUUCACACACACACUCACACACUCACUCACACCGUCCACCGCUGUCAUUCAUCCGCCGAUCAGUCCAUUCAUUUAUUAUAACCGUGAUAUUAAGAGGAUAUGGGAGGAAAACAUCUAAAAGUCACUCCAUGGGCACUUUGGAUCAUACUUAGUUUUUUUCUGUACGGAGUUCUGCAUGGACAAGAUGUUCAGGCUCCUACUUUACGGGAGUGCUGUCAGUAUGGGAUGGAUCGGGCCCUGGAAGGACAUGACUGUACAAUCCUCCCCCUCAUCUCCAUCUCCAUCUCCCACACCUGCAGGAUCACCCAGGAGCAGUGCUGUGCAGCAGCAGUAGGAGACCAACUCUGUGACAAAGGCAUGAUAAUGGCCAAGGAGCAAGGGGCCUGUGAGUGGCCCUUCUUCUCAGGAGGAACCUGGGAUACCAAGAUCUCGAAGAUGUGUUGUGACUGCUGUAUGCUCGGCCUGAUGAUAGCGAGCCAGGCGUCCAGCUGCGAGCUCCAGGGUUUGUCUCUGGAGAGGCAGUGUACGCACACGGCUAAAAGCUGCUGUGGCAUAAACUCAGCGGAGGAACCCAAACAAACAGUCACAGCAAAGCCUGUAGCCAAUUUUACCACCACGCCGCCAGAGGGAUCGAAUGGCUGUAGAGACUCCAAUUGCUCACAGUUGUGUGUAGGGAACGGCACAUGUGCAUGCCUUGAUGGUUAUCAACUGCAAAAUGAUGGUGUGAGUUGUGUGGAUUCUAACGAGUGUCUGACUGACAAUCACAACUGCGUCUCCGGCCAAGUCUGCAUUAACACAGAGGGUUCCUUUCGCUGUCAGAGGGAAACCAGCUGUGGCACCGGGUAUGAACUCAGAAACGACAACGAUUGCCACGACAUAGACGAGUGUGCUUUGGGCUCCCAUAACUGUGGACCAGACUUUGUGUGCAACAACACUGCAGGCUCUUUCCGCUGCUACCCGAAGGAGAGUUGCCCGAUCGGUUACAUUCAGGACGCUGUGGGCAACUGUAACGAUUUCAACGAGUGUGUUGCCUACGCCAGUCCAUGCCUGCCUGGCGAGACCUGUAACAACACAGAGGGCUCUUACACAUGUCGCAGGAACAAAAUCCCCUGUGGACGAGGCUAUCAUCUGAUUGAGAACGGCACGCGGUGUGAAGAUGUGGAUGAGUGUCGUACAGGGAAUGUUUGCGGCGUCCAUGGUUGUGUCAAUCUAGUUGGCACGUACCGCUGUGAAUGCAGAAAUGGCUUCAUCUUCAACAGUAUCUCCAAGCUGUGUGAAGAUAUCAAUGAAUGCAGGUAUUAUCCUGCUCAACUCUGCGCCCACAAGUGUGAGAACACAGAGGGAUCCUACAAGUGCAGCUGCGCCAUUGGCUUCAAACUGAUUCCCGACGGUAGAAGCUGUGAAGAUGUCAAUGAGUGUGAAGCCAACCCUUGCAGCCAGGAGUGUGCAAAUGUUUACGGCUCAUAUCAGUGCUACUGUCGCCGUGGUUACCAGCUGAGUGACAUCGAUGGGAUAGCUUGUGAAGAUAUCGAUGAGUGUGCUCUGCCUACUGGAGGUCACGUGUGUUCCUACCGCUGCUCCAACGCCCCAGGAAGUUUUUACUGUACCUGCCCUCCUACAGGCUACACACUCGCACACAAUGGACGCACAUGCCAAGACAUUGAUGAAUGUUCCACGGGGAUCCAUACUUGUUCUGUCUCCGAAAGCUGCUUCAACAUCCAGGGAGGAUUUCGCUGUCUGUUUUUUGCAUGUCCGCAAAACUUCCGGCAAGCAGCACAGGGAUCUGGUGGUGAUGCUUUGAUUAAUGUGCGUUGCAUUAAGUCCUGCCACCCUCAUGACAUCAGCUGCAAUAUCAAACCCGUCCACACCAUCACCCACACCUCCCUCUCUCUGCCAACCUUCAGAGACUUCCAUGAACCACAGGAAAUAGUUUUCCUGCGGACAGUUACAGCAGCUAACUCUGCUGUACCUGGCGCCACCGAUGUGUUCUUUGACAUCCAGUAUGCAGAUGACCAGUUCUCUUUUGAUGUGGAGAAACGCACCCACCAUGGCAUGAUUAUUGGUGUGGUUCGGCAGGUGAAACCUAUCAUUGGCCCCAGGGACCUUGUGAUAGAGGUGGCUAUGAACUAUAUCAAGUCAAGGGAUGUCUCUCAUCGCAACAUUGUCAUCAUCCAUGUUUUCAUCUCUGAGUUAUGGUUCUGAGCUCAGCUAAGGAGUUAUUAGUUACCUAGCAAUACAUAAAUUGGCAAACAUUUUGAAUUGGGUAACAAUUUCAGCAUGCUAAUAUGCUUGCAGUGACAGUGCUAAGCUAAUAAUGCAAAUAUUUACGAGGUAUAACACCACAACAACCACUCAGUUUAGUCUGUAAGCAUGGUAACAUUUGCUAAUAAGCACUAAACCAGAAGCACAGCUGAGGCUAAUGUGAAUAUUAGAAGUACCAAAUGUUUGCCAAGCUAUUCAAUAGUUCAUGAGAUAUUUCAACUAACCAAACUGACAUCCUUAUAAUAGGGCCAAAUCAGCCAAAGAUAUUUACUCCAUUUCAACUUUGAUUGUGUGUUGUACCAUCAGAAUACGAGACCAUUUGUGAAUAAUAAAGAUUGUGUGGUUAA